AUGCAGGCCCCUCUGCAGCGUCCCCCGCAGCCGUGCCCCGCCCCACCCCCGGCCUACGGCUCCCCACCUCCUGCUGACGCCCCCCUCGUCCCCCUCCAUGCUGGCGGAGGGUGCGGGGCCUGCAGGGGGGCAGCAGGGCCGGGGGUGUUCGCGCCGCCCCCGAAACCCAAGGGGCGCCGCCGCCGCGCGUGGAGUCGGCGGCGCGCGGUGGCGCACGCGUGCCCCGCGGCGGGCUGCGCCAAGACGUACGCCAAGUCUUCGCACCUGAAGGCGCACCUGCGCACACACACGGGGGAGAAGCCGUACACGUGUGACUGGCGCGGGUGUGGGUGGCGGUUCGCGCGCUCCGACGAGCUGACGAGACACUACCGCAAGCACACUGGCGACAGGCCCUUCCAGUGCAGGCUGUGCGACCGUGCCUUCUCCCGCUCCGACCACCUCAGCCUGCACAUGAAGCGUCACCUGGCCCUGUAG